AUGGCGAAUAUUGAACAUCAAGGAAAUGGCAAACAUGCCGUCGUAUUUGGAUGCUCUGGCAUCAACGGCUGGGCUCUUGUCAAUCAACUCCUCUCGGGAUACCCAUCAACUGAGUCUUUCUCCAAAGUGACUGCCAUUGCCAAUCGACCGUUUACUGUGGAGGAGGCCAGAUGGCCACAAGAUGAUCGUUUGCAGAUCAUUACCGGCAUUGAUCUGCUGGGCAAGAAUGACACUGCCCUUGUGAAAGCGUUAACUGAAAAAGUGGAAUCCGUCGAAACGGUGAGCCAUGUCUAUUAUGCAGCAUAUCGAGCAAGCGACACGCCGGCGGAGGAAUGCCUUGUCAACAAGGAAAUGCUUCGCGCGGCCGUGCAGGGCUUAGAGGCUACCUCUUCCAAGUUGGAAUUUGUCACCUUAAUCACUGGUACCAAGGCCUACGGUGUUUAUUUGCUGGACAAGUUCCCCUUCCGGGGCCAAACACCAUUGACGGAAGAUCUACCUCGCGUUCCUGCAGAGUACGCGAAAGACCUGUUCUAUUAUCAUGAAGUGGACCUACUUCAAGAGCUCUCUAUUGGCAAGGCCUGGUCUUGGUGCGAGGUCCGACCGGAUGUUAUCGUUGGCGUAGCCCCGUUCGGGAAUGCGAACUGCAUGGCACAAACUAUGGGCAUCUACCUGGGAUUAUACCGAGCUCUUGAAGGAGAAGGCGCUCGUGUUCCCUUCCCCGGAAACGAAACUACAUGGCGCCUGCUUUCGACGGAUUCCAAUCAGGAUAUCAUAGCUCGCUUUUGUAUUUAUGCAUCAUUCCAAGAUCGGGAGAAGGUACACGCUCGCGCAUUUAAUAUUGCCGAUAGCGCAACCCCCGUCUCAUGGUCUCAACGAUGGCCCGCACUCGCCAAGUACUUUGGCCUGGAAGGCUUGGGCCCGGAUGAUUCAAGCCUCCACCCAACGGUUUAUGUUGAGCGUAACUGGGAGAAAUUCCAGGCGUUGUGUCGCGAGGCCAAUCUCCAGGAAGAUAUCAUAUACAAGAGUAUGCAUAAUACUGGAUCAAGAAUGGGCAGCUUGCGUCUGAUGGACUUCGAUCGGCCCUUCGAUCUAGGAAGGGCAAGAGCCCUAGGCUUCACCGAGGAGAUGAGUACUGAGAGCUCUUGGUAUACUGCCUUCGAUCGGGUCCGCAAGGCGAAGAUCAUGCUCUAG